GUGUAUGAGGACAUGGAUAAAGAAUUGCUGCUUGAACAAAAAACAGUCCUCAGCACUUCAAGAUGGAUUGCUGUCCAUUGCACAAGAAGUGUGCGCUGUGUCCUCUUUGGCAAGAGCGAUCAGCUCACAUGAAGAUGAGAGACCAAUAUCUCCAUUUUACUUGAGCAUACCCCUCUUGUCUGCCCCCCGGAAGGCCAACUCGGCAAAUUUUCUACAGAGGACAGUGAGGUUGGCUGUGGAGCAGCACCUCUUUGCUACACAAACAUGUGAGGUCAGAGAUGAGACUUCAGAUGCGCGUGGAGGUCAGCGUUCACAGGAGUACGAAUUGACCUUGCUUGGCUUUCUGCCUGAGCUGGAUCAGCAUCGCCGUCCCCAGUGGGAGCAGAGGGAAGGCACCAAUAAGAACGUGCCCUCAGAAGCUGGCCAAGGCUGGGAGGAGGAGAGAGUGCAGGGUGGCCGCAGUCAACGAGCUAAGCACAGGGAUGGCCAGCAGUCCUCUGCUGACUGUUUUGAUGACUCAACAGAACAAAAUUACAGAGCAAGCACUGAUAUGAUGGAAAUAAAUCAAGAUGAAAGAAGAGAUCCGAAAGAAAAUGACUCAGCACUUUUGCCACAGAGCUCAGCAAUGAAAAUCCAGGAGACUGCUAGCAGUGGCAGUGACCCAGGCAAAGCUCAGAAACAUGCCGAUGGAGACGGCUGUGAGGAGGUACCCAGGCUGGAUCUGUCAGCUUUAACGGAGAAGGGCAGCUGGGAAGAUCCCAUGCCAGCAUACUCCUCUUGGCAGAGGGAGAGCAUGGACUGCAAAGAGGCUCAUCUCUCCCCGCCUUGCAGGGGGCCGAUAAUUCGGCAGCUUUUAGAGGAAGACAGUGACCCUAUGUUAUCCCCACGCUUCUAUGCAAACGGACACAGCCAGCAGUACCUGGACGACCCAGAGGUCCCACCCUCUCCACCCAAUACUCACUCCUUCCUGAGCCGUCAGCGGAGUUCGUCUCUGGGUUCCUGCGAGGAUGACCAAGAGGAGCUGACCUCUGCACACUCUCCAAGAAGAUUCACAGCCUGAAGAAGAAGAUCAGCAGAUUCUAAGAGAAAGUUUGAGGAGGAGCGGAAAAUACAGGCCUCUCACAGUGACAAAGCAGCAAACCCAGAAGUGUUGCGAUGGAUGAAUGAACUCUCCAAUCUACGCAAGGAACUUAAAGAGUACAAACUGAAGAAGUCUGAGGAUGAUCUGCCACCCCUCCUUCGUGAGCGCAGUAACACACUGCCCAAAAGCUUCGGCUCGCAGCUGGAGAAGGAGGGCCCGCAGAAGGUGGCCACACCACCAGUGGAGAUCACCCUGGAGGCAGUUCAGCAGAGGCUGCAGGAGAAAAGGAGGAGGCGGACGACCAGAGGACUUAAGGAUAUGACACAGGAACAGAUUGCAGCAGAGAAAUUGGCCCUACAGAAGGCUCUCCUGCACUAUGAGGGUAUCCACGCCAGACCGGUCACGAAGAACGAGAGACAGAUCAUGAAGCCACUGUAUGACAGAUAUCGUUAGUCAAGCAGAUUCUUUGCAAAGCCUCCACCAAUCCAGCUCAUUGGUUCUCCCUCCAGCAAGUGCCUUCUGCUCCAGCCUAUUAUUGAGGGCGAGCCAGCUCUGUUCUUCGAUGAAAUCAAGGAGGAAGAGGACGGGUCUGAGGAUGACACGCAAACCCACAUCCCUGUCACCAUGACAAUCAAGCCUGAGCUGCAAAUGCUGGGCUUCCUGGACUGUCUGGAGCAGGAAGUGGAUAGAUUCAUCUCUCCCAUUGAUGAGCUCUCACCUUCCAAGAACAGCACAGACAUGAGGCUGUCCAACCUGCACUCUGCCACCAUGCAGGAGCUAGUGAAGCAGUUCCAGGAGGCCCGCAAGGAUAAGAGGAGGAUAUGCAAAAGCCUCAAAGAAUUUGAAGAUGAAUUUUUCCAGAAAAACAGAAGGAAUGUGCAGAAAGGAGACCGCUCUCCCUUGGCUGAGAAGUACAAUGAAUACAAGCAUAUCAAAGCCAAGCUCAAGCUCCUACAUGUUCUCAUCAGCAAAAGAGACUCUUCCAAGUUCAUCUGAGGCAAGACUGUCUGCAUUGCAUGAAAUAUUACACCAGCUACCCAAGGACAAAGAAUACUCUUCAAGGAAAACUGUGUCUGUAAGAUUCAGAAAACAUUGAGAGAAAAUAGACAGAGAACACUUGUAUUGCACCUGCCACAGUAGAAGGCAAGUGACUGGCUGCAGGUCUGUGGAACACAGACAAAUCUGAUGGAAGUUCUGUUAUAGGCUACUUUUCUCUCACACACUGAGAAAAGCAUCUACGCUUCAGUUUCAUGCCCACUGGUAGAACCUAUAAGCCUUUCUGUACGGGUAGAGGUUUCAUUUUUUUAGUAUUUUUAUCACCACUAACAUUUACCUUUAAGGUGCAAUUGCUUUCUGGUCCCAAUGCUAUUGUUCAUGUUCAUUGUAGACAAACCUGGGGCCCUGUGGCGAUAAUGCCCUGCUGGUGACGAGGCCAUCUUAAGCUAGGCCUAUACCAGAGGAAACAAACACUGCCAAAGUCACCUGUAUGCAAACAUUCAUUUGAAUUUGAAUCUCAGAAUUCCAGUUUAAUUCAUACACAAAGUCAAUGCUGGCAGGUUUUGCUAUGCUAUAGCUACACAGAUUUCAGAAUGAUGAAGUUAAUAAAUGGCUCAGCUUGCCAUUAAGGGAACAUUAAGUGAGAGAGAAAUGGUGAAACAUGAAGGCCUCUUGUACAGAGUGAAGCAGCCUGAGGCCCAGUGUUUGUGAACAGUGGUUCUCUAGAAGCAGAUUCUGUAAGUAAAAGCUGUAAGUGAAGCUGAAGAGUCAUACAUUUUCAGAUCACCAAACCUUGGUGUUGAACACCUAGAUUUCCCUCAUUUUGAUGAAACCAAGUAUUUUACAAUGACCCUUUUAUUUAUUCUUGCCUUUCAUUACAUUAUUGAUAUGAUUCAAAGAAAUGUAUGCUGAAAUCAAACUUUUUCCCCCCAUUGCUAAUGGUGUAUAUGAGUCUUAAACUCCUUGAGUACACGGUACAGUACAAGUGUUUUCUUUAAUUCAUUGCUAAUUGAACUGUUACCUAGUGGUUCUGUAAUAGGUGAUUAUGAUAGGAUGGCAGUAGAUACACACUCUGCAUACAGCCAAUGGCCUGCCUGGAUUUAAGCCCCCACAAGGACCUGCUCUAUGAGUGCCACUCAAAAGCAAACACAGCCAUGUCCCUCCCCAGGGGAAGUUUAAGAGAGGAAGCAGAAGAAUCAUUUAUUCUUAGGUACAAUGCUGCAUGCUCAAUAUCCUGGAAUAACUCUAACACCCUAAUUCAGAUUUUCUUUUUACAUUUUUUGAUAUGUGCCAUAUUUCACUGGCCUGAUAAUUUUAUUAGGAAAAUUAAAUUAUUCUUUCAUGUUAGUACAUUUGUUUGUAUUCAUGCUUUUUUAUAUGAUGAAACUUCUUUCAACAAAACAAUUUAACAAUUACCAAAAUGACACUAUGAAUCUGGAACCUUCUUAAAUUGCUGCUGGUGGGAGAGUAGUUUCCUGUUGCUCUACUGUAAACCAAAAUAACCAAAUCACAACACAUAUUUGUUACAACAGCAUAUAAUUCAAGCUACAUCUGAUUACUAGUGAUGCACCAAAUUGCUUGUUUAGCUUUUAGGCCAUCUGUUAUUUCCCACAUUUUGUUCUCAGAGCAACGUGUUCACACAUUGUUGCUGUACACACACAUACGUGCGCUCUCUCAGCUCUACUGAUCCUGGAAAUUACCCUUUGCUUAUGUUGAUUUUCCCAGAGCCCAGAAUGGCCAAACAUGCCAACACCCAGUAUUCCAGUGUCCUGCCUUUUUCUGUAAGUGGGUUCCAGAGAUUCUCUGUUCAUUGUAAAUAUGAAU